AUGCGGCCGCGCCGGGACCGGGCGGGACGGGGAGGGGGAGGGGGACGGGGACGAGUCGCCGCCGCCGCCACGGAGGGUGAGGAAGAGGCGGCCUUGGAGCAGCCGCUCGGGAGGCUGGAGGCGGUGGAGGGCGAUGGCGACAGUGACGACGGCGGGAGCGUGUCGGGGGCCGAGGAGGCGGAGGCGGCGGGGCCCGGCGGGAGAGAUCAGUCUGACAUGUCUUUUGAGGAACUGCUGCAGAUGCAGAGUGAUGCAAGAACAAGAGUGUGCAAACAGAUGACCAGUGGAAAGAAAACUUCAAAACCUACCAAAGCUAUGCUGAAGCAGCAACAAGGCAAAAAGGGGCCAUUAGAGAUGUCUGCCAAGAAGCCUGUGCCUUUUCUGCGGCAAGUCGUCUCUGUUAGGAAGAAGGUCCACAGAGACCCUCGAUUUGAUGACUUGUCUGGAGAGUAUAAGCCUGAAAUAUUUAUGAAGACGUACAGCUUCCUGGACAGCAUCAAGAAGCAGGAGAAGGAGAUGGUUCAGAAGCAGCUGAAGAAAUGCCGGAACACAGAGCAAAAGGAGAAACUUCAGCAGCUUCUGAACCGUAUGACACAGCAAGAACAGGCACAGAAAAAACAGCAGCAGCUGAGGGAGAGAGAGCUGUCUUUGAAGAGACAACAGAGGGAAUUGGCCAAGCAGGGAAAGAAACCCUUUUUCCUAAAGAAAUCUGAGAAGCGGAAAUUGGAGCUGGCUGAGAAGUAUGCAGAGCUGAAGAGGAGCGGAAAGCUGGAGAGCUUCCUGAGCAAGAAGAGGAAGAGAAAUGCCAUCAAAGACAAGCGCCGUUUACCCUCACAGAAGAGCUUGUGACGUUGGACAGACGUGCUGUUGUCUGGCACUGGGACUCUUUCUGCCUUGGCCAGGCCUGGAAGAUGGCCAUCCUUCCCAGUAUCUGCCUUCCACUGCACAGUGAUGCUGUAAGGCAGCAGAGCAGAGGCUGAACUGAAGGAAAUAGUGAGUUUUUUGUAGCUGAAAUAUCCUCUUAGCUUGUGGUUUAGACCAUGGGUGGUGACAAAUGCGUGAUGCAGAUGCUUAUGGUGUUGACAGCUGUUUUUGUCCUUGCACCUGCUCAUUUCUAACUCUAG